CAGACUGUACAUGCACUAAAAUUUUGUUUGGCAUUACUCAAAAGCAAAAGAAAAGUAAAAGGAAGAAAUAAGAACAAGGAAAAAGAUUGUAUUGAUUUUAAAAUCAUGCAAAAACUGCAAAUCUGUGUUUAUAUUUACCUGUUUAUGCUGAUUGUUGCUGGUCCAGUGGAUCUAAAUGAGAACAGUGAGCAAAAAGAAAAUGUGGAAAAAGAGGGGCUGUGCAAUGCAUGUACUUGGAGACAAAAUACGAAAUCUUCAAGAAUAGAAGCCAUAAAAAUUCAAAUCCUCAGUAAACUUCGCCUGGAAACAGCUCCUAACAUCAGCAAAGAUGCUAUAAGACAACUUUUACCCAAAGCUCCUCCACUACGGGAACUGAUUGAUCAGUAUGAUGUCCAGAGGGAUGACAGCAGUGAUGGUUCUUUGGAAGAUGAUGAUUAUCACGCUACGACAGAAACAAUCAUUACUAUGCCUACAGAGUCUGAUUUUCUAAUGCAAGUGGAAGGAAAACCCAAAUGUUGCUUCUUUAAAUUUAGCUCUAAAAUACAAUACAAUAAAGUAGUAAAGGCCCAACUGUGGAUAUAUCUGAGACCUGUCAAGAUUCCUACAACAGUGUUUGUGCAAAUCCUGAGACUCAUCAAACCCAUGAAAGACGGUACAAGGUAUACUGGAAUCCGAUCUCUGAAACUUGACAUGAACCCAGGCACUGGUAUUUGGCAGAGCAUUGAUGUGAAGACAGUGUUGCAAAAUUGGCUCAAACAACCUGAAUCCAACUUAGGCAUUGAAAUCAAAGCUUUAGAUGAGAAUGGUCAUGAUCUUGCUGUAACCUUCCCAGGACCAGGAGAAGAUGGGCUGAAUCCCUUUUUAGAGGUCAAGGUAACAGAUACACCAAAAAGAUCCAGAAGAGAUUUUGGUCUUGACUGUGAUGAGCACUCAACAGAAUCGCGAUGCUGUCGUUAUCCUCUAACUGUGGAUUUUGAAGCUUUUGGAUGGGACUGGAUUAUUGCGCCUAAAAGAUAUAAGGCCAAUUACUGCUCUGGAGAGUGUGAAUUUGUAUUUUUACAAAAAUAUCCUCAUACUCAUCUAGUACACCAAGCAAAUCCCAGAGGUUCAGCAGGUCCUUGCUGUACUCCCACAAAGAUGUCUCCAAUUAAUAUGCUAUAUUUUAAUGGCAAAGAACAAAUAAUAUAUGGAAAAAUUCCAGCCAUGGUAGUAGACCGUUGUGGGUGCUCAUGAGAUUUAUAUUAGGUUUAUAACCUCCUAAAACAUGGAAGGUCUCCCCUCAACAAUUUUGAAACUGUGAAAUUACAUACCACAGGCUACAGGCCUAGAGUAUGCUACAGUCACUUAAGCACCAGCUAUGGUAUAUGAACUAAAAAGAGAGAAUAUAUGCAAUUGUUGGCAUUUAACCAUUAAAAUAAAUCAUACAAUAAAAAGUUUUAUGAUUUCCAGAAUUUUUGAACUGGAAGGAGAUCAAAUUACAUUUAUGUUCAUAUAUAUUACAACAUAGGCAAGGAAAUGAAAACAAUUCUCCUUGUGUUCUGGUGAAUUAAAGGAGUAUGCUUUAAAGUUUAUUUCUUUAGUUUCCUUUAAUAUUUACAGAAAAAUCUAUAAUAGUAUUGGUAAAAUGCAGGAUUGUUAUAUAACAUAAUUCGAAUCAUCCUUAAACACUUGAAUUUGUACUAUAUGAUAGCAUACUUGGUAAGAUAAAAUUCCACAAAAAUAGGGAUGG